CUUCUAUGAAACAUAUAGUUCCUCAAAGCACGCCAUGGAAGGACUCACUGAAUCAUUAGCAAUCAGGAUGAAAGCAUUCAACGUCAAAUUAACUAGCGUGGUACCAGGCCCAGUGGCUACAAGCAUCAAUGAUAAUAUCGUUGAGGGAAACCGCCUGCCUUCAAGAAAGAAGGUCGAUCCAAUCACAAGAGAACAACUCAAGAUACUGAGCACACAUCAGAAACAUUACUUCGAGGAAAUGUUCCAAACAACGGAAGAAAUCACCGACAUCGUCCAGAAAAUCAUCGAAAUGGACCUCUACAACGGACCGGUUCGGUUUCUAACCAGCGAGGAUGUACGGCUGAGGACCGCCAUGAAGUUUUCUGAUAUCGGAGCUGUCACGUGGAUGAAUUUCAUUCGGAAAAUCAUCGAGGAGCCGAUCAUUGCCGAUUCCAAGCCGAAACAUGACGAGUCGCAGAUCUAAGAACCUUUUUGUUAAAUCAUGAAAUUAGACUGUCUAUAGUGAUGCUGAUUGCACAUAAGUCGUCACUCCACCGUGCGAAUUCAUUGAAGAAGAAAAAAUCGACACUCCCCUUUUCUCAAUCUAGGUGUACCGUGUAGUAGGUUUGGAAAGAGAAAGGAUUUUUGAUGGAAUUCAUUGUAUAUUGAUAACGAUGGACAAAAGAAAAACCAUGAAAUCUUGGGAGAUAAUUGCCCGAGGUUGUAAAGUAUGUAAUGUUUGUAAUAAGUAAACCCUUAUCUGUUAUCUUUAACAAUUUGUUAAGUAGUGGUACCUUCCCAACAAUAUUAAAGGUUGCUCACGUCACACCCAUUUCCCCAGAAGGGUAAUCAAAAUAAUUUUAACAACUUCCGUCCAAUAUCAGUUAUGUCCAUAUUUUCCAAAAUAUUAUAAAAAUGCGUUUUAAAGAUUAAUUGAAAUUUUAGAUAAAUACAAUAUACUUCUCAAAAUCAAUUCGGAUUUAGACAGGGCCAUUCAACAGUAACUGCAAUACGUGAUUUAAUUAAUAAAAUUAAUGGAGCACUAAA